UAUUGUUUGAUUGUUCUACCCCUGUUCCCACCCUCCCUACCCUCCCCGUACUCUGUGACCACCGGGUUUUUCAAGUACCACAUCAGCUAGCACUGAUGUCGAUGGAACAAGACACCGGGGCACUGCCACGACGCAGUGCCAGGCUUGCAGGGCGUGCCCGCUCUGUGAAACCCCUCCGACGCAGGACUCAGCGACUCAGCAGCGGGACGACUCCAGCGGCAUCGAGUACAGCAUUGACGGUACCGGGUACCACCGGAGUUCUUCCCGCAUGCCCGGUCCAAGGGGCCGGUGAGCCGUUAGCAGAUUACCUUCAGCGGGUACAGGCAUUCACCGAUGCCGUAGCAACCGCAAAGGCACAGGAGGAAGCAGAGGCGGAACGUCAACGGCUGGCCAAAGAGGCAGCAGCCCAAGCUCAGCAGACUGAUGAGGAUGACGCAGCAGCACGGGACCAACGGAAUGCCGCCAGCACGGAAUCCCUGAUUCAUAAUGAGAAUCAGUGGACAACGAUCCUCGAGGGCAUGAUCUUUGUGCCUUCGGAAGAGCGGGCAGAUACGACACCGGCGGAGGCAGAGAGGACUCACCUGGCUAACGUGAUGUUGACAAUGAUGCGAGCCAUCAUGUGGAACAAUACGAUGUUAGCAGUACAAAUACACGAAAGCAGACAGCUGCAACAGAUUCAGCAGAGGGAUUCUGCAGCCUUGUCAGCAGCUGUUCGCACUACCGCCACACAUCAGCAACAACAGCAACAGCUGUGGAACACCACCACCGCACGCGUCAGCAGCAUCGAGGCUAAGGCCUCAGCAGCGCCAGGCUGCACGACAGACGAGACGAAGCAACUCAACAGGCGCAUCGAUCACAUCGUCAAGCUCAUCGGCGACAUAGGUGUUUUAAAUGGGCCGGACACGAUCAGUAGCACGGUAGCCGCCAUCAAGACGGACAUCACCAAGCUACAGACGAGACCGGACGCCGCGACGAAGAGUUACAAAAUGCCACACUUCGACAUCAGCAAGUUCGACGACCACAACAAGACGGACGCCUUGGCAUGGUGGCAACGUUUCCUUACGGAAGCAUCCUGCCGCACUGUCCCAGACUACUACAUGAUGAAGGCGCUAUACUUACAGCUGAUUGGAGGAGCGCAGGCAUGGAUGAACCACAUGGCGGCUACCCACACAUGCACCAUCGCCGAACUUCACACGCACAUCACGUGGAAGGAAUUCGAGCAGCUAUGGUUCACCCGGUUCAUGGUCCGCAACGUCGUGAAGGCGGCCAUGAACGAGGUGUACACCUGCUCUCAAGGAAGUAUGCCAACUCGAGACCGGACAACCAAGUGGCAGAAGAUAGUGACCACGCCAGGCUUCGAUUUGACUUUUCCAAAUCAACGAUCCGAGUUCUUCUCGCGAUCGUGCGCAGGAUUGCGAUCGGCACUCGAUAAUGAGUAUGACUAUACCUCGUUCCAGGCCAUCCUGGAUCGCGCAAACCUGGUCAUCCAAACGGGCGACAAGGCCGCUAACGAGAAACAAUCCCAGCCGCAUUAUGUGGCUAAGCAGGGCUAUCAACGUCCGGCACAUAACAAUGACGUAAUCUCUGAAGGAAUAGACGAUCUCCACGCUGCAGCAGCAUCCUCGAGUGAUGGAGGAAUUGUAGCAGCGCUCCCGCCGAAGCGUCCUAAGAGGGUCCGGAAACCCAAGGCGACACAAGAGACGACAUCGACGGGAACUGGGCAGCAGCCAUGGACUGCCUACAACAUCACAAAGGAAGUCUAUGAACUUCGUCAGAAGUACAGAUAUUGCCUUUGGUGCAAUGGAGUCACACAAUUGACUGCACAAUGCCCCGAAAAGGGAAAGGCACGCCCGGUGUCUUUUGACAUCCUCGACGCCAAGUUCGACAUGAUUCUAGGCAUGUUUUGGUUGCGUAGCGCCGAUCAUCCGGUGAACUUCCAUGACCAAACCGUUCACAUCCAUGAUCGGAACGGAGUGUUAGUCCGAUGUACGGUCGCGACCCCUCACACUUCGAUUGCUUGUCACGUGGUUUCCGUUGCGAGAAUUCGUGACGCCAUAGCUCGGAAUGACGUCGAGGAGAUGGGCCUUGUAUUCUUGCAUGCUCUCCCCUCGUCGGACGGACCAGCCGCGUCACCGCCGGACCCACGCAUUUCUCACCUCUUGGACGAGUAUAGAGACGUCUUCGAGGCUCCCACCGGAACGGUCCCGGAUUGGCCCAUACGUCACGGGAUCACUCUCGAGGUUGGCGCCGUCCCUCCGCGUGGAUGUAUCUACCGCAUGAGCGAAGAGGAACUCGAGGUGCUUCGCGCACAACUCGAUGACCUUCUCGACAAGGGUUGGAUUCGCCCUAGUUGCUCGCCAUACGGUGCCCCUGUUCUCUUCGUCCGGAAGAAGAACAAAGACCUACGGUUAUGCAUUGAUUAUCGAAAACUUACCGCACAAACCGUAAAGAACGUCGGCCCUCUCCCCCGGAUUGAUGAUCUUCUUGAGCGGUUAGGCGGCACGACGUACUUCUCGAAGUUGGACUUGAAGUCAGGUUACCACCAGAUUGAAAUCCAGCCUCAAGACCAGUACAAGACCGCGUUCAAGAUGCGGUACGGGCAUUUUGAGUGGGUUGUCAUACCUUUUGGCCUCACCAAUGCCCCCGCAACUUUUCAAGCAGCUAUGACGACUGAGUUUCGCGACUUGCUCGAUCGCAGCGUCCUCAUCUACCUCGAUGACAUCUUGGUCUAUAGCAGGACGUUGGAUGAGCACAUCACACACCUUCGUGCUAUUUUGAAUCGUUUGCGACUGGCCAAGUACAAAGCGAACCACGACAAGUGCGAGUUCGCCAAGCAAGAGCUUGAGUAUUUGGGCCACUAUGUUACGCCGAAACGCAUUCGUCCCUUAGCGGACAAGAUCCAAGCCAUCGUGGAUUGGCCGAAACCCCGUUGCACAACGGAUGUACGCUUUUUCAUGGGUUUGGCUGGAUAUUAUCAGCGAUUCGUCGAGUCAUACUCGAAAGUGGCCGCUCCUUUGUCGAGACUCCAAUCCCCGAAGGUGCCCUUCGAGUUCAACGACGCAGCCCGUGGCGCAUUCACUACGUUGAAGGCAGCAAUGCAAGCCGCACCUGCCCUCCGUAUAUACGACCCCAGCCUACCCACCCAAGUGACUACGGACGCUUCGGGAUACGGGAUUGGUGCGGUGUUGGAACAGUGUCACGAGGACGGUUGGCAUCCGGUCGAGUAUUUAUCCCAAAAGGUGCCUCUCGUAAACACUCUCGACGACGCUAGGAAGAAAUAGCUACUCGCCUUCGUCACCGUUCUCAAACGGUGGCGCCACUUUCUUCUCGGUCGUCGGCGUUUUAAAUGAAAUACGGACGCAAGA